UAUAAUAAUACCUAGCCUAAUGCUGAUUGAUUAAAAGCCCAAUACAGUAAGGACAAAUGGCCCUUCACGGAAGUAUAUUUGUCUGAGUAUCAAACUAUUUACAUGUUAAGUAUCUCGUACACAUUUCACUCGAACCACACGCCUUUACCCGGGUUUUUUUUUUAAAUUAUGGUCAUGAUGAGCCUAUUCCAAGUAAACAUUUUCUCUGAGAAACAGCGCUAUCAAAUUUCAUUCAGAGCGCCUUUCUCCAUGCCUCUAUCCGUGCAAUUGCAUAGGGUCCGUCACUAGAGGGGGGAUAUGCACCUGUUCCCGAAGCCUGCGCUCCGACAGCUGCCGGCUGCCCCCGGCGAGAGGUUGCUAUAGGAAAAUGCAAAUCCAACUCUGUAAUCUCUUCUCAUUGGCCCGUCCCACCUCUAGGUGGGAGGGUCGGGGCAAUGGUGUCUUUAUAAGUGCAGAUAGCCUUUUCCAGCGCCUCAGUGACACUACUAGGUUUGCACUGCAAAGUCGCAAAACAACGGCAGAUUAUCUGCCCCAUAGAGACAACAAACAGUGAUUGGAAUUUAUUGCCUCUUACACAAAUACACACACCAACUCGUCGCCGCCCGAGCGAAUGGUAGGACCGUGGGGACCGCAUCCGUGAGUAAUCCGCCUGUAGCAAAUCGGGACUGACCAUUCAAAUACGGGACCAUCUUCCACAGUCCCAGAUAAGGAAAUAUCGUCUCGCUGUGUUUUUGCUUCUAGCAUACAAACUGUUAAAAACUUUUUUUUUACCGAAUCAUUCCUUUUUGGAUUCCAUGCCUACGGAAAGUGGGAAUUUGACGCAUCCAUACACGCGUUAAGUGCAAAAGGUGUGACCGUCAUCUUUGGUGAGGUGGAAAGUUUGAUUCUGGUCGUGCAUUCGACACGCUGCUGCAGUAACUUUAGCUGCGAGUCUGCUACUUGGUCCCGGUGCAUGCAUGGACUUCUGGGCUUCACGAGUGAGUCAUAAGCCGUCUCUGGAGGAGGUGAAGAAGGAUACGGGAAAUACGUGUAGGAGCCAGGACGACAAGCGCCGGGGGAGGACACAAGAGAAGAAAAUCAACGACUUCGUUUUCACCAACACCCAAGGACAGUAAAUCAGAGGGGUGCGAGCAGACACGGAGGUGAAGCGAGGACAAGACAGGUUGGUGUCUCCAAAUCCACCAGGCUCGAGUUUCAGCUGGCCCUAUCCCGUGGUAUUAAAGCGUGCGAUAGACCUGGGAUAAGUUGUCAACAAGACAAGCAGAGGCGAACUGGCAGGUGUAGGCUACAAGUUCAUUUACAUGCCUACGUAUAUUCACGCCGCUAUUAAUAGAAGUUGUUUUAAGGAGUAGAAGCCUAAUACAAGUUCCCCCUCCCCGCCCGGCCGGCUUUGAGACUCUUUGCACCGGGCGUGUGCGCGUGACUAUAUAUACACACACCACACAGACCUUUGGUCCUCAACGCAAUCUGCAUCCGAGAGGGCUGCCCGGUGUCGGUUUGGCUGUGAGGGCGGGAGUCGUCGCAUGGACUGACAUGGCCACCGACCUCGCCAUGAGCGCAGAGCUGCCCAACAGCCCUCUGGCCAUUGAAUAUGUGAACGACUUCGAUCUCAUGAAGUUCGAAGUGAAGAAAGAACCGCCCGAGGCUGACCGCUACUGUCACCGCCUCCCCCCUGGCUCCCUCUCAUCCACCCCGAUCAGCACGCCCUGUUCGUCGGUGCCUUCCUCGCCCAGCUUUUGCGCCCCCAGCCCAGGAGCCCAAUCGAACCAGAACCUUGCCAACGGUGUCAACAGCAGCAACAGUGGAAGCAACACCCAGGGCGCGGCGGGCAAGCCUCAACUUGAGGACCUUUACUGGAUCCCCAGCUACCAGCACCACAUCAACCCCGAGGCGCUCAACUUGACCCCCGAGGAUGCUGUGGAGGCCCUCAUCGGAAACGCCCACCACCACCACCACCAUCAGGCCUACGAAGGCUUCCGCGGCCAGCAGUACGUCGGGGAGGACCUAUCCGCGGCCUCCUCCGGCCACCAUCACCAGGCCCACCACCACCACCACCACCACCACGGCCAUCACUCCCGCCUCGAGGACCGCUUCUCGGACGAGCAGCUGGUCAGCAUGACGGUGCGCGAGCUCAACCGGCAACUGCGGGGCUUCAGCAAGGAGGAGGUGAUCCGCCUGAAGCAGAAGAGACGCACGCUGAAGAACCGCGGAUACGCUCAGUCGUGCCGCUACAAGCGCGUCCAGCAGCGACAUAUGCUGGAGAGCGAGAAGUGCACGCUCCAAAGCCAGGUGGAGCAACUCAAGCAGGAUGUUGCACGCCUGGCCAAAGAGCGGGAUCUUUACAAGGAGAAGUAUGAGAAGCUCGCGAGCCGGACCUACAGUGGCGGCGGCCCCGGUAACAACAGAGAUCUCUCGAACGGCAACCACGGGAAACAAGCCUCCACAGACUUCUUCAUGUGAGAGACUGAUUUGUAGUAUAGACUCCCCCCCCCCCCUUCUUUUAAACCGUUAUUUAUAUUUUUCUCUGUUUGCCUUUUGUUUACAGUUAUUCCUUCAUGAAAAGACUAUCAUUGUAUAUUUUAAAAGUACAAAAUACAUAAUGCUUCGUGUUUAAGAAAUAAGCAUAGAUGUGCACAUAAGUAAUCCUUGUGCGCAGAAUUGUUGGUCUUAGUCUUAAAGAUGCUGUCUGGAGAAACGUCUGUAACCUACACAAAACAACCUCUGGUCUGGACAAGGGAUCACAAACUGUCAAAUCAAAAGACUAUUCUGUAAAGCAAUAGAUCGACUUGGAAGACCGAUUAACAGUUGAAGUCUUACUUAACUACGAAUCAAUCUGAGAACGAACAUGACUGUCUUAAUCCAGAGUUGAACUCGGGUGGCUCUGAAGAGAAGCCUUGCUUUAUUUGGUCACAGGCUGGACUUCAAAACAAGAGAGCAAACUUGGGAAAAGCAAUAGCCUUUCCUCGCCCCGGGAGUCACCGUCAACGGACUGCGUUCAUGGAGAGGCAGUCUUAUACGAUAAUGGAACCUUUGAAAUAUUGCAAGUCUAGUUUCCAUCCCGUUUAGCAACCCUGCAUGCAGGACAUGUAUGGUACCCAAACCCUCAAGUCAUCUCCCUAACACAUGAAUGGAAAGCAUGACCCGUGGUUCUCUCCCCUUCCCUUGCUUCUCUCUACCCCCCCCCCCCUCUCUCUUCUCUGCCAUCGGUAGCCUAAGGCCUAGGUAUGCAAAACACAACCUCCCCAUGUUCCUGAGGUGAAAUGACUGGAGACAAACCCGCGAAUCGACAAGUAAUCUGCUAUUACAGAAUGGAUGCGUCUUAGCCGCUAUUUUCAAUCGAUUUUUCUAUUGUUUUAAAGAAAACAAAAACGACAAAAAGAGAUCAACUGAGCCAGAUUUUAGACUUUAUUUAUUUCCACGUGUACAUAUGUGUAGAGAAAAGUUACUGUUACCUUAUCCUUUUUAAAGCUUUUGUUGCUUGAUUAUUCAAAACGUCUUAAUACAAUUGUUUGUAUGUUACAGCAUGCAAAUAGUCUACGAUAUCCUCCUUCUACUCAACAUGUAUAAUGUACAAGGGAAGCCUACUGCACUAAGAUGAGAACAAUUGGGAAUACGUUUUGUUUUAGAACCUCUGAUACUUAUUCAAAAUAUGUGGAUGUAGCCUUUUUCAAGGGGGAGUGUCCAUGACUUAACAACAAAAUAAGCAAUGCAUUCGCUGCUAAACCUCUAUGCACCGAUCUGAUGAAAAACUUAAUCAACAGAUUUUUUUUUAACUAUGGCUACAAAUAAGGAUCUGAACGAUCUGAUGGCCUGUGAAUUAUUCCGAAGUCUCGUGUCUUAAGGUCGUCUAUCUGAUGUAAAAUGUUGGAUGUGAGGAUUUUUGAUUGUUUUUACAUUAGGUAAUUUCCUAGAUGGUGGGAUAUCUUGGAUAAAGUCAAAUUAUUAUUCUGUUAACAAGAAGACCCUGGUCCAUGUGUUACCUGCUGCCUAGAUAUACAGUAUGUGCAAUAUUGUGCAGAAGUACUGACCCACCCUGCUCUUCGGUUCUGUUGAUGAGAUGCCGUCCUUUGUAGGAAUACUGACUGGAGUGUAGCCUAUUUUGUGCUCGGGUAUAUCCCAAAAAUUCUGUGUGUCCUAAAAACCAAACUGGUGUAAAACCAUAAGGUGAAUUCUCAAACGUGCACUCACAAGGUUCAUUGUUACAUUAUGGCACAGAUACACAAAGUCUAAAUGUUCAAAAGUACUGUGUCAUAAACCGUCCCAUGUUAAAUCAGAACAUUCGUUUUACAACAAUCAACUGUCCACAGGAAUUUAAAUUAUAUCUGCUUUUUUAUUUUUGUAUUUCUCUGUUCAGUUGCAUGUUUUAUUAGAAAUGUUAGUAUUUCAACAUGAAGUUGGCUUAAUAUAGUGUGUGACCUGGGUAAGAUGGCGAAGAAACUUCUGCACAGUGCUGUUGAUGUAUAUCUGUAUAUAUAAUUUCUAUAUUUAUUCGAGAAACAUUUAAAUGUCCGAGCGUGUCAAUAAGUCAAAACAUACAAAUGUUUCAAAAUGGAAUGUUGUUGAGAAUCUUGUUUUCAUAACGUUUAAUAAAAAGUUCUGUCCGAAAUCUA